AUGGCUUCUCCUCCGUCGAAAACCGUUCCAUUAACAGUCCGCUGCCACUGCGAAAAAGUCUCUUUGAAUGUCGAAAUUCCACAAGAGCGAUUCCCACUGGAAUCCUCCAUUUGCCACUGUAGAUCCUGCCGUCACGCUACAGGACAGAUCUUUACCACCUUCGCCAACAUUCCAACUGAUAUACCCAGUGAGUUACUCCAGGAUGACCAUAACAACCUGACGACCUACCGAUCCUCUUCAACACUGUUGAGGCUCUUUUGCAAAAGUUGUGGAGCUAGCAUCGCAAACUUUGACUCUGCCUAUCAAGAUGAAUGGGGGCUCGCAACGGGGUGUAUCAAAUUCGCGGGCGAUCCACUAGGACACGAAGGCAGGCUCAACAGAAUCCAAAUCUGGCUUGAUGAUGUUAGAUCUGAUGGUGGCGCUGCUGUAUGGAUCAAUGCUGGAACCUCCGUGGGGAUGGACCGACAUUGGCGUGGCCGAGGUUCUGGGACGGUCAGCGAUAGCGAUGUCCAAGAUAUUCUUACAGGUGAUUCCAGCGCACAGGAGAGCGAGCAGGCCAGAGAGGCCCCAAGUCUUGGACGAAAUAACACGCUCGAUGGUCGUUGUCAUUGCGGUACUAUUUCCUUCACAGUCAGCCAACCCGAUGAGCAGCACAACCACGGCACAGGAAAGUUCGAAGCUAGUCUUGAUGCCUGUACCUCGUGCCGCUUAGUGACUGGGUUCGAGAUCACUAGCUGGGCAACUGUUCCUCAAGAUUUGAUCAAGACCACGGCAUCAAGCUUCAAUGCUUACCUCGCGGACAGGUCAAAGUUGAAUCAUUACAAAUCAUCCCAGGAUGUGAGUCGGUAUUUCUGUACUAAAUGUGGAGCAACCAUAUUUUACCAAAACCACGGCCUGGCCACGAUUGAUAUUGCAAUAGGAAUACUCGAUCCAUCGAGUAACGAGCAGGCGCGGGCCGAGGACUGGCUUCUCUGGCAGAAGUAUCCGAAGGCCAUUUCCUACCCUGAAGAUGCAGUGGAUAGGAAGCUGGUCCAGGGCCUUGCGGACGGGUUGAGGCUGCACAUGGGCGAGUUGAAGGGCUAG